AUGCGUAUGCAAGAUUUUACUUGGAAGUUCCAUAAGAUCUCUACCGGUUUCACUUAUCAUUACAUUGAUCAAGCACCAUGUGACGGUGUUGAGAAGCGUGGUACAGUCAUCUGUUUCCACGGAUUUCCUGACUUUGCCUAUGGUUGGCGAUAUCAAAUCGAAGAGCUUACCAAGAGAGGGUAUAGGGUCAUCGCACCCGACCAAAUGGGAUGCGGUGGAACUGACAGCCCCGACGGUCACCAUGACAAGGCUCCAUAUACUACACGAGCAGCCGGUAAUGCGGCUAUUGAGAUCCUUAAGCAUGAAGGCGUCGAGGGGAAGAUCGUCGUUCUCGGUCACGAUUGGGGAGGGCUUAUCGCCUGGCGAUUUCUUGAAUACUAUACCGAUCGCGUGGCGUGCUUUGUCAGUCUUUGUACUCCUCCCUCUCCAGCUGCACAGAAGGGAGAACCAGAGCCAGACCUUCGGAAAGUCGUAGAGCGCUACCCGACAUUUGGGUACCAGCUUUGGCUUUCUAGCGAUGAGGCUGAAGAGAAGAUCAAAAAGAACAUCCGAGAGUUCAUUAUGUUGGCUUUCUGGAACACUUGGUCUCCCAAACGUGAGAUUGAUGAUGGCAAAUGGGCCUAUGAGGGAGAAAUGGAGAAACUUUACGAUGAGAAUUUAGAGAAACUUAAGAAGGCUGAAAUACCUGCUGAUGAACUAAAAGAGUACGUCGAGGUUUUCCAAAAGAGAGGCAUCAGUGGAGCCUUGAAUUUUUACAAGACUCGACUACAAAAUUACAAAGAAGAUAUAGCGCUUGGGCUCCCUCAACAGUUCCCCGGUGGACCCCAGUGCCUGUUGUUGACCGCCGAGAAUGAUGGAGCGUUACCACCUUCGAUGGUAACACCAGAACUCCUCCGUUUCUUGUUCCCUCAUGGGAAUAUAGAACAAAAGCUGAUGAAAAAUGCCGAUCAUUGGCUUCUUCAGGAUGAUCGAGUUCGCGGUGAAGUGGUGACUACGGUUGCGGAUUUCGUAGAUUCCCAAGUAUGCGGUGUUCAAAAGUCGUCAGACCACGAAGUCUAUAUGCAACAAGAAGUUUAA